GACUGCAAUCUGCUAGCCGUCGGAGACAGUCGCCAUAUUUGUUGUUGUCGUUGAUGGGGGAGGUCGUGAGACGGUUAUAUAUUUGUUUUAUAUUGAACUCUUGAGUGAAACCCCCAGGUGUAUGUGUUUGUGCGGUCUUAGAACAGCUCGACUGGGAUGAUGUCGAGCUGAAGAAGGCUUCCAGCCUACAGUGAGUGUCUUGGUGUCAGGGGGCAGCUCUUUGUUUGAAACUGGCGGCGGCUGGAAACUUGGCUGGAGGCGGUGGCGGCGAUGUCCCGGCCGCGAUGCUUGAUUGGGCUGACAGGGAGGGCGACAGGUUCAGUUUCGAGGACUCGGACCGUUUCGAGGAGGACUCUCUGUGCAGCUGGAGCUCGGAGCCAGAGAGCCUCUGCAACAACUGGAGAGGAUGGAAGAAACCCUCCGCUGCCUCGACCACCUUCUUCGGGGCUAACAAAAAAUCCGCUGACGAUCUUCAGUCGGUGCCGUCGCUGACGGAGUUGGCAGCGAAGUGCGUGGCCUCCCACAUCCCCUUCGAGCUGGUGGAGCACGUGUACCCCCCAGUACCGGAACAGCUUCAGCUGAGGAUCGCCUUCUGGAGCUUCCCCGACAAUGAGGAGGACAUCAGGCUGUACUCCUGCCUGGCCAACGGGUCGGCCGACGAGUUCUCCAGGGGCGAGAACCUGCACCGGAACCACAUGGUGAAGGAUCCGCUCCAGAUAGGUUUCCACCUGUCGGCGAGCGUCCAGCAAACGCCGCGCGGCACCCAUAACGUUGCCGUGACCUUCGACCGACGCCGCAUCUCUUCGUGCAAUUGCACCUGCACCUCCACCGCCUACUGGUGCUCGCACGUCGUCGCCGUUUGCCUCACUCGCAUCCACUGGCCUCACCUAGUGACUCUUCGAGCUCCAGUUUCCGAAUCGCUGUCCCGUCUGCAGCGCGACCAGCUCCAGAAGUUUGCCCAGUACCUUAUCAGCGAAUUACCUCAACAAAUCCUACCGACUGCUCAAAGACUAUUGGAUGAAUUAUUGGGAUCUCAGCCUUCGGCAAUCAAUUCAGUGUGCGGCGCUCCCGAUCCGACUGCGGGUGCCUCGGCCAAUGACCAGACUUCCUGGUACCUCGACGAGAAGACCCUCCAUGACAACAUCAAGAAGAUUCUGAUCAAGUUCUGCGUUCCAGCACCCAUCGUUUUCAGCGAUGUAAACUACUUGAGCACCGUGGCCCCUCCGGCUGCUGCAGAGUGGACGUCGCUGCUGCGACCCCUCCGCGGCCGGGAACCGGAGGGCAUGUGGAACCUGCUCAGCAUCGUCAGGGAGAUGUUCAAACGCAACGACAGGAAUGCCAUCCCCCUCCUGGAGAUUAUCACUGAGGAGUGCUUGGCGUGCGAGCAGAUCCUGAUCUGGUGGUUCAAUACCAAGGUGGCCCUGCUUAGCGGCAACUCCGGCUACGGAGGCAGCGGCGGCGGAAAGCACAACAACGUGAACAGCAACACUCACGCCUCGCAGCACGCCUGCUCGUCUCUGUGCGAUGAGGUCGUCGUGUUGUGGAGGCUGGCCGCUCUGAAUCCCGGCCUGGCGCCUAGCGAGAGGGAUAUGCUGCACAACCAGUUCACGACAUGGCACAUGAAAAUCCUCGAGAAGGUAAGCAAAUGCCGCAACACGACCUCGAGCUCCCAGUCCAACUACAACAAGAACUCCAGCUCUCUAAAGAUGGACCUGGAGGUGUUCACCGGGUUCAAACCGGCCAUCGAAGCCUGCUACCUCGAUUGGGACGACUAUCCCAUGCCCGGUAUAACCUACACCCAGGACAUCAAUCCCAUGUACCACUGUCCCUUCACCUGUUUCCGCCACGGUGCCGACAGUAGCCGAGGGGAGAGCCAGGUCACCCAGGUUAAUUCUAGUAAGGCGGUCUUGAACUGCGAACAUCCCCACCAGCACGCCUCGCAUUCCCACCACCACCACCACCAUCACCACCACCACCACACCCAUUCCAGGGUGACGAGGUUCGAUUACGUUAACGUUAUGAGUUUGAAUCCCGUGGAGUAUCCGCCGCAUCCCCAUCCGCAAGUUAACGACAGGGAUGGGAAUCGGUCGAGCGUUAGCAGCGAAGGUUUCUGUGAGGUCGACGACGACAUAAACCUACUGAGGGAAAACAGAUACAACGAUUCCGACUCUCAAGAGGGAGGCGGCAGCGACUCGUCUAGCAAUAGCAGCGCGGACAGCAACACCCCCUCGACGGCCCAACAUUCCAACAACACCAGCGACAACGAUAUCAACAAGCAGAACUACAAGCCGUUGCAGCCCGUGUCGGUGCCUGUCAUCUCGAACACUUGGGUACGCGGGGCGCAGGUGGAGCAGCUGCCCGGUUCGAGGAGGCCGUCGAAGGACGAAUCUACGUCGUCUUCGAAUUCGGAGUCGCCCCAGUCGGGAGACGAGUACAACGUCUACUUCUACAACAGCAAGGACAUUGACGCCAUGAACACUAGUGCUCAAAGUAGUGGUAGUUUGAAAGUGAACGAACCCGAGGAUAAAUCAACUAUGUUUUCUAGUUUGAGAAAGUGCGACGAUCCGUGGGACGUGUUGUUCUCUAGGGCGGAGGGCUUGCACGCCCACGGGCACAGCCGGGAGGCUUGCAUUUUAGGUGUGAAACUAGCGGAGGAACUUUUGAUGAAUCCCCCCGAUUUGAUGAUCGAGAUUCCGCCCAUACCCCGAAAGAAAGGUAAGAAGCAGCAGGUGAAUCCUGCGACCCACCAGCUGAGCUGCCUGGCGUCGGCGACCCUCUCAAAAUGUGCCUUCUUGUGCUCCGUCUUGUCGGAGAACUGCGAGCAUUUCCACCUUGCUUUCCGUGUGGGCAUGUUCGGGCUGGAGAUGGCCAGGCCCCCGGCCAGCACCAAACCCUUAGAAGUGAAACUGGCCAAUCAAGAAGCCGACCUGGUGAACCUCCUGAAACGGAUCCCGUUGGGUCACAGAGAGUUACAGAUCCUGCGCGAGAGGGCCGAGCUGCUAAAGGAGGGUACUCUAAAGUCCCGAGGCGAAGCCAUGCUCCCCAUAAUGCUGGCCAGUUUUAUAUUUGACGCCCUGGUGAUCCCCAGCGUAAUCGGUCGCGACAGGGUGAAAAUAAUGAACAUGCGGCUGCCUUCAGACGAGCCCUUAGGGUUUGAAGCGGCGGUCGCGGCCUUGGGAUUGAAAGCGAACGUUUCGGAAGCCGACCACCCUUUACUUUGCGAGGGUACACGAAGACAGAGGGGGGACUUGGCGAUAGCCCUCUUAACCUUCUAUAAAGACGACUGCUGGAAGAUAGCCAGGAUUAUGGAUAGGCUGUUGGACAGGGAGGUGCACCAGUUGAUAAAGACGCCAAUUAUGAGUUCUUAUUAUUCCAGUAACCCACCUAUUAAAAGCCAGUUCAGUAAUUUAAAGAGAGAAGACUGUGAUAAAGUUAUAACGCCCCUCAGCCCUUUUCUGCCGCCCACGGAGAUGGUACCCACCGAUUUGACAGGUUGCUGCAGCAGGCCCCACAGCUCAACUAGCGCGGAGAUAGAUCAAGGUAUGAGCAACUUGUCGAUAAACGGCCAACCCGCUCAAAUCGCGACGCAAGGAGCGGUCACUAGGACAAAGGAAGGCCGAUACAAAGGGAAACGGGCAUAUCCGUCAAUACCGAAUCAGCCGUCGGAGGCGGGGGCGCAUUUCAUGUUCGAAUUGGCUAAGACGGUGUUGAACAAGGCCGGCGGCACCAGCAGCACCUCACUUUUUACUCAACCUUCGACGAGUCAGAACCAUCACGGACCUCACCGGGCGCUGCACAUGUGUGCAUUUCAACUCGGACUUUAUGCGUUAGGCUUGCACAAUUGUGUCAGUCCUAAUUGGCUGAGUAGGACGUAUUCGUCGCACGUUUCGUGGAUAACAGGGCAGGCGAUGGAAAUCGGCGCGGCAGCCAUCUCAUUCCUGAUAGACACCUGGGAGGGUCACUUGACCCCGCCAGAGGCUGCCAGCAUCGCUGACAGAGCUUCGAGGGGUUGUGAUCUCAAUAUGGUGCGUGCCGCUGCCGAAUUGGCGUUAUCAUGUCUACCUCACUCACACGCGCUAAAUCCAAACGAAAUUCAGCGGGCGAUCCUCCAGUGUAAAGAGCAGAGCGACGACAUGUUGGAGCAUGCCUGUCUCACCGUGGAGAACGCGGCGAAAGGCGGUGGGGUAUACCCCGAGGUUCUCUUCCAAGUGGCCAAAUAUUGGUACGAACUGUAUAUCGGGCAUACUCCCGGUGGAGAGCAGUUGAUAGAUAAUGAGAUGCCGCACGAUCCUCUCAUGGAUGGCCAUGGUGCUUUGGUGGCUCUGAUAGAGGCUCCCGUUCCGCCUGAAGGGCCGCCGCCUCCUGCACCGGUUGUUGUUACAACAGCCCCGCCUUAUACGCACGCCGCCCCACCGGUGGGCAUGUACGUGAGUCACUACAACUUCGUUCCGCAUCCACACCACCCUCAGAUGGGCUACGGGGGCCCUCUACACCCCCUCCAUCAAGCCCCACCCCCAGCACACGUGCAGAUGUACCAGUUUCCUUAUCCCCCUCCCCCACCUCAAGCCGCCGCCCCACCAUUCAAUCCCGUUCCCACUUCCUAUUCCAAUAUACCGCCACCGCAACAGGCGGCGUUUACCAACGCCCCGUCUCAAUAUCCGCAACCACCUCCCGCUGCGUUUACGACUCCGCAACAACCACCUCCACCUCCGGGACAGCUCCAGUACUACGGGCCGGCCGUCACCAUAGCUCAGCCGGUGCAAGGCUUGAGGCCUGCGCCGCACAUGUACCCACCUCCACCACCUGGUAUGGCUCCACAUCCGCAGCAAGCAGUGGCGAGGCCCCACAGGCCUCACCAGUUCAACCAGGCCCAGUUGAGGUACUUACUGACGGCUUAUAGAGUAGGCAUGUUGGCUCUAGAAACUCUAGCAAGAAGAGUGCAUGAUGAUAGGCCACAGGCUAAAUACGCGAGAAAUCCGCCCUAUGGGGAAGAUGUCAAGUGGCUGCUUAGGAUAUCGAAACAUUUAGGAACACAGUACCUGCACCAUUUCUGCGUCUGCGCUGUGAACUCCAUAGUGAGUCCGUUCGUGCUGCAUGAUGUGGCCAUAGAGGCCGCCCAGUACCUUUCGAGGAACAACCCGAGUCUCGUGAUGCAACACCUGCGCACCGCCCUCACGCCCCUCGUUCAGAAGUGCCAGCAGAUGUACAUACAAUGCAUGCACCAGAAGCUGUAUCACCUGACGUCGGCCGACUACGAGGACUUUGUCAGUAUAGUUUGUGCGGCGAGGGCCGCCUUCCAGAUCACCCCCGACGGCACGACGCAGUUCAAGGAGUGGUUGCAGUCGAUCAGGAGGUCGAAGUCGUGCAAGAAAGACCUUUGGACCCAGAUAAACACGGCCUUGCAGGCGAACAGCAAAUGACAAAGGCCUGACCUAGGUGCCCAAGGUAGUUAUAGUUAUCAUAGGAACCCGUCUGACGCGGUGGAAGAAGUGGAUAUGCAACCGUCGACCCCUCCGUUGCUGCACCUCUGCAGCUACUCGCCGGAGCUGGCUGUGGGCCACCAGAUAUACAUAGCACGUACCCACCCCCUCCUGCCGCACGACGUCGUCAUCAACGAACAACAGCAACAGCCGCCUGGCAGCGUGGCAUGGGUGCCGUUGCCGAAUAACUCUCCUCCGCCCACCAGUUGAUUCGAAUAGGCCGAAUCAACUUUUUAAAGCAAUAGACGGCAUCGGUAAAAUCGCGUGGAAGGUUCUUUUAAUGCUUGUCCAAAAUUAACGUAUUUUCUACUUCGCUCCAGUUUCGUGCCUCUGUCAGAACGGGAAGGGAGUAUUAAUGGAGCCUUUGGACGUUUCAGCACGUCGGUCGAGAGGAUCGUUUUAUUGUCAUCGUUUUUAAUUGACUUAAUGUUUUGUUGUCGGUUAUUUUUUUACAUAACUCUGCAAAGUGCUCAAAGUAAUGAGAUGGAACUUUUAAUGAUGUGAUUUUUUUUUUCAAUCGUUCUCAAAACCAUAUCAGAAAAUACGACACAGGUUUUAUAUACGAAGAAAUACCUUAUCAUUUGAUGGUAAUAAAUUAAAGUGUUUUGCCGCA